CCUGGGAAAAACAUUCCACUGCAGACAUUUUUGCGCACUGAAAACUUCACACAACUUUGCUGCAGCCGUAGGAAAAGUGUGGCUUUCUAUGUAAGUGUCUUUGGGACAAGAACCACUGGAAGAUCCUAAUAAGGUUUUAAUUUACAAGCACAGCACCAUGUGGCUAAAGGUGGUAGCUUUGGCCCUCCUGGCUACAGCAGCAUCGGCUACCCUGAGCAACCACGCUACCACCUUGGCUGACAGCUCUGCCAACUUGGCGUUUAGUCUCUACCAAAACUUAGCCAAGGAGAAGAGCGAAGAAAACGUCCUCUUUUCUCCGGUGGUGGUCGCCUCUUCUCUGGGUCUCGUCGCUCUUGGGGGCAAAGCCUCCACCGCCUCUCAGGCCAAAAAACUUUUGAAAGCCGACAAAGUGACGGACGAGCAGCUUCAUUCGGGCCUGGCGGAGAUCCUGACUGAGGUCAACGACCCCAAGACACGCAACGUCACCUGGAAGAUAAGCAACCGUCUGUACGGACACAGCUCUGUCAACUUUGUGGAUGCCUUUGUGAAGAGCAGCAAGAAACAUUACAGUUGUGACCACUCCAAAAUUAACUUGAAAGACAAAACAAGUGCGCUAAAGUCCAUUAAUGAAUGGAUCCUUAAGUCCACGGGUGGCAAAGCGCCAAAGAUGACAAACAACAUAGAAAAUACUGAUGGUGCCAUCCUCAUCAACGCCAUGUUUUUCAAACCUCACUGGGAUCAACUGUUCCAUCCCAAGAUGGUGGACAAGCGUGGAUUCAUGGUAUCCCGCAGUUACACUGUCUCAGUCGAGAUGAUGCAUCGCACAGGUGUUUACGGCUUCUCUGAUGACCCAACCAAUCAGCUAUCCAUCCUGAGCAUGCCGUUGGCUGCUAAGAAGUCCACUGUUGUGUUCAUCAUGCCAUACCAUGUGGAGAAUCUAGACAGACUGGAGAAGAUGCUGACCAGGAAGCAACUGGACACUUGGAUGAGCAAACUGCAGCCGACUGCAGUGGCGGUGUCUCUGCCCAAAGUCACAAUGGAAGUCAGUCACAACCUGAAGAAACACCUUGAGAAGUUGGGCUUGACUGAUGCAGUGAACAAAUCCAAAGCAGACUUGUCCAACAUCUCUGGGAAGAAGAACCUCUAUUUGUCCAGUGUUUUCCACGUGGCUGCCAUUGAACUGGGCACGGAAGGAAAUGAGAUUGACACCAGCGUCUUCAACACUGAGAAGAUGAAGUCUCCUAAACUUUUCUAUGCAGACCAUCCUUUCAUCUUUUUGGUGAAGGAUCAGAAUACAACCGCCAUCCUGUUCAUUGGAAAAAUGGUCAGGCCAAAGGGGGAAAAGAUGAGGGAUGAAUUAUAAUUGUGGGAUGUGUUGUGUACAUUCCUGUCUCACACUAAUGCCGUUCUGCAAAAUAUGAGGGCAUGUGUCUUCAAUUAAACUGUAGGAUUUGGUGUAUUAAUUGUGAAAAAGACUAAUGACUUGAAUCGUAUGAAAACAGAGAUAAGCUACUUCAAUGCCAGCCCAAUAAGAAACCAUUUUACUUGAAUGAUGUCUUAACUCCUUUUGUAAGAUUUUUUGGCAAAUUGAACAAUUGCUCUUAUUUUUGUCAAGUCCAAAUAUUUUUUUCAAAGAUUUGUCCCCUUCCUGUUUACUUGGGUCAGCAAUCCUUA